AUGGCUGACGCGCUGAGGGAGCGCACGGCGCGCCUACUCACGGACUACCUGGAGUUCUGCGCCAGGGCUCCGGGCAGCCCCGCCCGGGCGCCGUCCACUCUGGAGGCCAAGGUGCUGCGCUAUUUGGCCACCCAAGUACAACAGAGCCACCAGGGCUUCUUGUCGGAUUACCGCGGCUACCGCGGGAACCGCGUGGCGCUGGUGGAGCAGUUGGAGCGGGAUUUAUUCGCCAACCCCCAAAACGUCAGCUGGGGCCAUAUAGCAGCGCUCUUGAUCUUCGCGGGGACGCUGCUGGAGAGACCGCCACCGGGGACCUACUUGACCCUGACGCCGGGCCAGGAACAGGACCUGGAGUGGAAGACCAACGUUGAUGAGGACUGCCAGCACCUGGUGGCUUUGCUCUGCAGUCGGCUCACAGGACGACAUCGCGCCUGGCUGGAGGCACACGACGGCUGGGAUGGCUUUUGUCUCUUCUUCUCACCCAUGCUGCCAUCUUCUUGGAAAACACUGCUGGUCCAGGCUCUUCUGUCAUGCGUUACAGUAAUGAUCUUAAUCUACUUCUUGAGAAGAUUAUCAUGAGUUCUAAAAUUUUUAAUCCAUUUCUAUCUGCCUAACUGUGACCUGCCAACUGAAUUUGAGAUGUGAAAGAAUAGAACAGAGCAAACCACCCUCUGAGAUACUGUCACCUGCAUUCAUCUAAGGAGUCCUGUGGUGAUGACUCAGCCAGCAUUUUAACUCCUGGCAGGUAUCAGAGGUAUUAGGACAAAGGUACAAAUGGCUCUUCUUUGAGUGGGAGAAAUGGAUUCCCAGGGCUUGUUGCUCUAAAAUUGCAGAAGAAACUACAAAUUCCAUUUAGUAGGAAACAUGGUGCUUUUUGCUACAUUUGGAUAAGAGUGACUCUGCAUCUCCCGUCUAUCCACAAUUUGAUGUGCUCCUGCUGGUCAGGGGUCAAAUAGCAAAAGCGCUCCAAGUCCC